AUGAGCGGGCGAAUCUCUUUGCUGCUUCAGCUGUGCCUCGUCUUCUUCAUUGCCUUGACGAGAGCAGCGACUCAAGAACCUCUAGUAGAUGAGAAGCCUAGCUAUCGCGUAGGGGAUGCCAUUCCGGUGACAUGUCUCAACAGGACGUCCGACACUGGCGAGCAUGUCACCGAUGCCUCUGGACAACUCCAAUAUGUACCCUUUCCCACCUGCAAUGAGACCGGACGGCCACUAGAGAUCUACUUUGGUGUCGAAAAGGACAUCAAUUGCACCAUCGACUUCAUCUCGGAUCCCAUGUUCCAUCUCCUCGAAUUCUACGUCCACAACGACGCUCCCAUGACCUGUCGCAUUCCCACUCGCCCCUUCUCCGACUCCUACAAGGCCCCGAAAGAAGACGCCUCGGUCGAAGGCCAGGGCAGUCUGAGCGAUGAAUACAUCCCUUUGAUCAUUGCUUUGACGGGAACACUCCAGCUCUCACAUUUGCACGUCUCCUCACACCUCAACAUGUUGCUACACGCGGCUCCCAAGUCCGUCUCGCCUGGUGUUAUUGAUGCUGCCACCGCAUACUCCAUUUCUACCCGUCCGCCGACCCGGAUCGUCAUUGGUGACGCUCUGCCAUUCACAUUUUCCAUCCGCUGGUACUCUGGACAGCAACUGCCAUCUGGCUGGUCCGGUGUCGGCGGCCACAUCUACGCCAGCACUUUGAUCUACUGUUUGUUGAGCGCUGGCGCCGCAGCUGCCAUCUGCAUUGUCUACUUCCGCGGCGUCGAACUUCCGAGAAGACUCAGAAAUCAUGGAAAGGAUAGAAUGACAGGUGGAAUGGAGGGAGGCAGACUUGGCGGAUAUGGAUACGCUGCUGGUACUAGCAGUUACGCCCUGGGUGCUACUGGAGGCAAGCGAGACUGA